AUGCCUGUGGCUGUCGACCGCACGCGCACCAUGACUGCGCCGGACCCCCACGGCACGCCCGCGAAAGCGGCGCAGGAUAUACCACUCGGCGGGGCAACACAGACGGGCGUGAACCCGCGCAAGAAGCGGAAGGCGAAGGGAAAAGAGGUCGAGGACGCGGAGGAGGCGUGGUCGUGGAAGUCCCUGACGGACUCGUCGGCGAGCAGGGUGCCCCCGAUAUUCACGAAGGACGGAAGCUACUUUUUCUCCGCCGCGGGGCCGUCCGUGAAGAUUCACUCCGUCGCGACUGGCGAGGUCGUGUCGACCCUUACGCCCCCACUCACAAGCGUGUCGGGUACGACGGGCUGCUCUGCGCAGUCGGAUGUCGUUACGGCGGCGAUCCUUAACCCCCACAACCCGUUCCAGCUGAUCACCGGCUCGCUCGAUGGCUAUGUGCGCGUAUGGGACUUCCUGGAUGCCUCGCUCUUGCAGACGAUCAGCAUCGCUCAGCCUAUCUUCCACUUGACCGCGCAUGAACGAUUCCGGGAGCACGUGUUCGUCGCCGCCGCGCGACCGACGAAAAAGAAGACGAGCAAAGCGCAUGUCGCGACCGCGGAGGACAACGUCGCUGUUUUGCGAGUAGCAUUCAAGCCCACGGCUGCGACGGCUGGAGCCCAAGUACAGACUUCCUCGGAGAUCGUGGGUGUGGGCAAGACACGGUCGACUACCGGGCUCGCAAUCUCCCCGAGCGGUGCGUGGCUAGUGGCCACUGCCGGCCACAAAGCGUACGUGUGCCAAACGGCCGAUCUCAAGGCUGGCUUCACGAAGUUCGUCUCGCCCGAGCGUUUGACCUGCCUUGCUUUCCACCCUUCGGAAGAGUACUUCGCGACUGGUGAUGCUACUGGGUGCAUCCGGCUAUGGUACUGUCUGAACGAGUCUAUUGCGAUCAAGACGUCCGGUGUGGAGAAGACCGCGCAGACGACUACCCUGCACUGGCACGCGCAUGCUGUCUCAUCACUCACCUUCACACCGAAUGGCGCGUACCUGCUCAGUGGUGGUGAGGAGUCGGUCCUGGUUAUUUGGCAACUGCACACUGGGAAAAAGGAGUUUGUGCCUCGCGUGGGUUCCCCCAUCGUGCAUGUCGCCCUGACAAAUACCGGGGGAGAGGAGGAAUACCUCCUCGGGCUUGCCGAUGCUUCCUUCGUCUUCGUCCGUGCCUCGACGCUCAAAAUUGCGCGGUCAAUAGCCCGCAUCAAACUAGAUCCUGCAAUUUCUCAUGAUCGACCCUCGACAUCAACCGCCCCACUUGCCAUCCACUCUCUCUCCUCCACCCUCAUCCUCCCCUCAUCCCACCCCUCCGCGCUACAGACAUUCUCCCCCUCCACAUCCACACUCUUGUCCGAGCUCGAGGUCUCCCCCUCGAACCGCGUCUCAAGACGCGACGACAAGCCACUACAACCCUCGCGCGUCGAGCAUGUUGUGCUUUCUGAUUCUGGAGAUUGGAUGGCCACCAUAGACUCUAGAGAAGCGGACGAGAUGUUCCGUGCAGAAGAGUACAUGAAGAUCUGGCAGUGGGAUCGCAAAUCUGGCUUCUGGAUAUUGAACACGCGCAUAGACAGGCCGCAUGGGCUCAAAAAGGCGACUGGCGUUGCCUUUAGACCCGGUGCGCGGACCCAGGAAGAUCUUCUGCUUGCGACCACAGGCGAGGAUGGGAAUAUCAAGACCUGGAGAAUCCGUUCGGUGAAGACGAAGUCUGAGGGUGUUGAAGAGUUCUGGGUAGCUCGCUCGACACUACGCUUCCGCGACGAAACCCCCUCCGAUGUUUCCUGGUCGCCAGAUGGCUCAUUACUUGCCGUUUCUGUUGGAUCGCAUGUUGCUGUCUAUGACCCCGACACGAACGCCCUGUGCCAGGUCGUUACAUGUCCAGAGUGUACGACUGUAUCGAGCGCACGAUUCGUAGGGUCGAGCGGUCGCUACAUGGUCAUCAGUGGACCAAGAGAUGUGCUCCUUUGGGAUCUCGUGUCGCAGAGUUUACGAUGGCAUUACCGUAGCCGGACAGCGAUAGAGCCACCAGUCGCGCAUCCGGACGAAGACCAGUUCGUGGUCAUGGAACGCAUCGCGCCUGCAACAACCGCAGACUCGCCGUCGACGAAGAUACUCAUCUUUGAGCCUACGUCCUCCAAUCCUGUUGCCAUCCGGACACUGCCCUUCCAUCUGCGCACUACCCUUGCUGUCCCAUCGUCUGGGUUCUUCCCCACGGAUCCCGCAGGGUUCACGCUGGUCGGCGUCACCGACGCAUGGAGUGUUGUUGUCUUCGGCGACGACGUCCAAGUACCCGAGGAAGAGGGCGCGUCCGCCCAGGGCAUCACCCGCGACGCGGCCGCCGCGAAACGCACGCUCUUCCACGACAUAUUUGGCGCGUCCGCGUUCGCAGAUCUCGCUACCGGGCCCUCCGCCUCCACUUCCGCGAGUACGAGCACGGCACAGCCGUGGAAGGGGAAGGCGGCUACAUCUGCGUUCGACGCGCCCGCACACCUCGUGCCGCCGCUUGAGAUGCUCUUCGAUACCGUCAUGGACGGCUUCCUCGCCGUGCGGCCCGAUGACGCGGAUGAGCUCGCAGAGCUGGAGCGCGAGCACGAUGAGGAGAUGGACGUUGAUGAGGAUGCCAUCACGCCUCUUCCGUCCCUCAAGAGCGGAUUGUCGCUCGACCGGGUCGUCGACAGGCAGGAGAUGAACGGCUUCGUGGAGCUCUUCAUCCAGUGUGCGAUCAAAGCGCCUUCCGAGUCGCGGCCCCCACCGACGUUCACGCCAACGCCAGUGAACGGCAUCCACAAACCGAAUGGCGUCCCACCACAUGUCAACGGGAUCCGCGGCACUCCAACGACUCCGGCGAAACACGCGUCAAAGCCAAACGGGAUCACUCCUAACGGGCACGCGUAUACGCCAACUCAACCGUCCCCGGCGCAGUCGGACGCGUCGCCCGCCGUAAAAGCGGGCAAGAAGCGGAAAAAGUCCCUCAGCUGAGGAUCCAGCGAGGGAGGGUCGUAUCAUGUCCAUAGCAUUGAACACAGGGAGCGCUGGGGUCUGGUGGGCUGGAGUGUCUGAUUAAUUCGCAUUGCUACGCUCCCGUAGUAGAGGCCGUCCACGUUCUGUCCACACAAUCACGGUAUCCGCUCACACUGUCUGUCACCAACACGUAGCAUACUUAUUUUGCAUCGGUAGCUCGCUGUCCAUGUUGUGCUGUCUUGCGUGCAAUCUCC